AUAAAUAUUCGCUCAUUCUCUUUUCAUUUCCCUCUCUCUUUUUUUUUUCUUUUUUUUUUUCUUCUUAAUUCAAAUUGCUCGUUGUCUUGACAAUCGGCUUUUUUUAUAUAAAAAUAAAUUGAGAGAGAAAGAAAGUUAUACCCAAUUACAUAAGAUACGACAUUAUGGAAAUUCUUGAACUUGUACACCAAGAAACUGCACCUAGUUUGGAAAGACCUUUUGAAUGCACUUUUAAUGACUGCAACAAGACAUUUGGUCGACGAUCUGAUCUUGUUCGUCACUCUCGCAUUCAUACGAACGAUAGACCCUUCAAGUGCCGAGAACCUAGCUGUGGUAAAAGUUUCAUACAGCGUUCCGCUUUGACCGUGCAUAUGCGUACUCAUUCUGGUGAAAGACCUCACAUUUGUGAAUUUCCUCAUUGCAACAGAAGUUUCAGCGAUAGUAGUUCACUUGCUCGACACAGACGUACGCAUACAGGAAAGCGACCUUACAAAUGUCCCUUUGAUGGCUGUUCAAAGAGUUUUGUUCGCAAAACUAUUUUGACAAAGCACAUGAAGAGCGAUCAUACCAUCAAUGGUAGAAGACCUUCUGUUCAGUGGCAACCAUUCAUUGAGGAAAGACGUCGAGUGAUGCUUCAAGAACAACAACAAUUGCAACAACAAUCUACAGCUACCUGUGCUUGCACAGACUGUUAUUUUGGUAACACCGCACACAAGCCUUAUUUGUCUCCACCAUCUUAUUGGUCACCUCCUACACCCGAUUUAUCAUUGUACGAAAGUCAAGAUGAUGGCUCCAGCAGCAGCAGCCCUUCUUCUCCUUCAACUGUGUCAUGGCCAUAUACACAUGCACCAUUUUCUUACUAUUAUCAACCUCCUUCUCAACCAGUAAGCAAUUGGACAGCUGCUAUGGUUUAUGACCGUCAAGACCAAAUUGUCUUACCAAGCUUAUCUAAAUUGAUGAUGCCCAAAACUUUAGAUCUCUCAUUACCAUCCAGAAGAGACAGCAGUGUUUCAUUGUUUUACACAUGAGUCACUAACAAACAAACAAAAGUGUAAAUACUCAUACAAUAUACCUCAUUCAUCUAUGCUCAAUUCAUGACACAUACAAAAAAGAAGAAAACAAAAACAUCUCCUUUCUUUAAAAAAAAAUUUACACUUCUUUUUUUAUGAAAGCUAUUCCCUUCAUUUCCUUGACCCUCUCCUCCUUUUUUUCUUAUAUCUUUUUUCAAACAUAUGUUCAUUUAUGCCUCUUUUUUUUUAUAUGCUCUUUCUCUUUCUAUGCCUCUUUCUAUCUCUCUCUCUCUCUCUCUCUCUCUCUCUCU